AUGGAAGACCGCUGGGCAGGUGCGCGUGCUGUGAGACGCCGUACAAGCUCGAGCGCGCGUGGAACUGAGUACGUUGCUGGACGCAAAGACCAUCUCUCCGCCCGACGGACGUUCCCUCCGACUGGUCAAUUUGGAGUUGAUGGGCGCCUUCGCACCGGCUCAGUCCACUUCUGUACCAUCAUCACCUCCAAGGAAGCCGGCGUGACUGUCCGAAACGGCUACCAAAACUUUGCCAACCUUGGCGACAAGUGUCCGUGUUGGCGUCAGCAAGAUUGGGUCGUGCGUGCACAUCUGUCGCGACUUUCAGCAUCUGGAUCAAGCAGUGGCGCAUGCUCUCGUGAAUUUGGCGGAGCCUCCAAAAUGUGGGUGGAACGCGACGCGGUGAUUCCUGGUCACCAAUACCAUACCAUGCCAUGUCUCGGGCUCGAUGCAUACUCGGCGAUGCAUGCUCGGCGUGGGUUCUACGAGACAGACGCAUGGGAGACUUCGUGCCUGACAGUGCUCAAAGGAGCAGGGCUACAUCAUCCAGAGAGAUGGGCUUCGGACCAUUUCCAGUUCCCGAGGCAAUAUCCGCAGACCAAGCCGGUACUCGAAGAGCAGAGCGAGGAAGUUGUAUUAAGGAGAUGUACGAGGCUGAAGGAAGCUACCUCCGGCACUUGGGACGCGCGAGCCAACAGAAAGCGGAGGAAGAAGAAAGCAACAAUUCGCAAGCGCUGCGGCAGCCAGCCAGUUGAGGACACAUCGAGAAUGGCUGAGAAGAUGUGA